ACUUCUUCUUCUUCUUCUCUCUCUCUCUUUGUUAACCUCUUCAUUUUUUAAUUUCUCAUUCUCUCUUCUUUCUUUCUUUGGCUAUUUCUGAAUAUAUAUAGUUUCUUCUUUCAAACACACAGCAUUGAAACAAAAAAUGAUCUUCAAAUAGCAUCACAGAAGACUCAAAAACACCCCAACAUAAAACAAAAGUCUCACCCUUUUCUUCAGGGUCUCAUAAAAGCAUAGAAAAACCAAAACUUGAACUUAACCCACGUUCUGUAGUUGAAGUGAUUGAAGGGUUUUAUGGAGAGCAACGUUGGAGGAGAGAGGAGUGCGCGCUUGCCACUGUCAGAGGUGGUGGCAGAUUGUGUUAAACGGUGGUUCAGAGACACACUGAAGGAGGCUAAGGCAGGGGACAUAAACAUGCAGGUUUUGGUGGGUCAGAUGUACUUUAGUGGCUAUGGGGUUCCCAGAGAUGCUCAAAAGGGAAGAGUUUGGCUGACAAAAGCAUCAAGGACUAGGUCAUCGGUUUGGAAAGUAGGCGAUAAGCACCCAGGUUAUAAUGCAAGCGACUCUGAUUCUGAUGAAUUGAAGGAGGAUUCUUAAUCGAACAUAACUUGGUUUCUUGUCUAAAAAUGUGAAAGGUCUGCCCGGCAACUCUACCUAUGCAUAGAUAGCCAUCGUGGCUGUCAUUGUAAUUUGCACUUUCACAUUUACUCUUGUGCCAUUUAUGUAAGAUUUGCCAGUUGCUACUCUUAUUUUUUUUCAAUAGAGGGAUAGAAAAUUGAGUUAACGCUCAUAUGGUUUGAAAGACAAGUGUCAAAUCAUUUUGGGUCUAGAGCAUGUUAAUUUCUUAAUUAGUAGUUUGCCAUUUACUUAAAUAUAAUCUGUCCUCUAAUGUUAUUAAAUGG